AUGUUUAGCUACCGAAAAUUGUCGAAAGUUACCGACAUAAACAAAACCAAACGCUUCGAUGUAAACAUUUUGUAAUAACUAAAAUGCCUAAAGUUGUGUCCCGUAGUAUUGUAUGUUCUGACUCAAAGGAAGAGGAAUAUAAUGAGGAAACUCCAUUGAAUAUAUAUUACUGCUUGUGUGGAAAACUUGCCUUGAUUUUAGAUUGCACACUAGAAAAAUUGCCAUUAAGACGUACCGAUGGAGCAAGAGUAAUUGACGGGAAAAAACAUGCCCACAAAUUAACUUGCCAGGAUGGUGAUAUUAUUUAUAUAAGAAGAAAAGAGAAAGGAAUUGAGAAACAAUAUCGUUUCAAUUGCAAAUCCUGUAAACUGCCCAUAUAUUACCGCCACGAUCCAAAUUCUGAAAACACUUUUAUUUUGCAUCAUGCUUUGGUGAAGACAAAGAAUGACAUACAUCUGAAUUUGGAAUCUAAUCCCACCAAAGCACUCUCAGGGGAAUCGGAGAAGGUAAUGGUUACACGACACACGAAAAAUAUGGGCAAGUUUAGUUCAGUUACUGUAUCAACAAUCGACGAAGAAGAGGAUGAAAUUGAAGCGCGGGAAAUUGCGGAUAGUUACGCCAAUAAUGCACGAAUAAUUGAAAAACAACUGCAGCGUAAAGGUGGAAAAUUAACUGAUACAACAAUCAGGCCUAAGUUCGAUGAACCAGGACCCAGUAAGAAACCAAGGGGAACGUUGAUAGAUAUUUAGACAUCAUUUAGUCUCACUUAACCCAACAACGGCGAAAUAAGUGUAAAUAAAACCAAAUCAGUUUUUCGCCUCAACAAAUUAAUUUCUUUACAUGAAAGUAACAACAUUGUAAUAAAGCAAACAGGAAAGUGGUA